ACCACCGUGCACGCCCUCCCCGCGGGCUCGCAACCGCCACCAGGCCGUCCAGGCGGCGGACGCCAUUGGAACAAGUUCGACUUGCCACAUAGCGGACGACGAGACAGCCUCCGGAGGCAUGACGACGGUCGCCUCCCGAGUCGCUUCCAUCUGCGAAUUGAUCGACACCUUAGCCGCUGGUACAACUCUGAGCGCCAGGCGAGUUGCCGCCAUCUCCGCCAUGAUCGACGAGGUCGCCCAGGGAAGGAGGAGGAGGACCACGAGGAAGCGGCGCAUGGGCAACUCUCGCUGCUACGAGCAGGUGUGCACGCUCGGCGGGGGCACGUUCGGCGUCGUUGUCAAGGCGCGCCACCGCGCCACCGGCCAGACCGUCGCUGUGAAGACUCUCCGCAGCUUGCCCACCCAAGAAUCGGUCGGCGAGCUCCUUCGGGAGGCCUGCUUCAUGGCGGCCUGCAGCGGCCACCCCUCCCUCGUUGCUCUGCGUGGCGUCGUGCGCACACCCGGCACCAAGGGACGCAGGGACUACUUCCUCGUGAUGGAAUACGUCGGGCGCAACCUGUACCAGGUCCUCCGUGAGCGCAUCGAACGCGGUGACCGGCCGUUCCCAGAGGCUGACGUGCGCUGCAUCGUGCGGCAGCUGCUAGCCGGCGCGGAGACGAUGCACAGGAACGGCGUCGUGCACCGCGACAUCAAGCCGGAAAACAUCCUUGUCGCCCAGCACGGCGGCGGCGGCGGCAACAUCGUCAAGAUCGGCGACUACGGGCUGGCGCUCUCCACGACCGAGCAGGAAGACGGCACGGCCGGAACGAGGCACUACAUGGCGCCGGAAGUGCUGCUCGAGAAGCCGGACCGCGACACGCUCGUCGACCUCUGGUCCAUCGGCUGCGUGAUGGCGGAGCUCCUCACCGGAAAGACGUUGUUCAAGGGGGCCGACAAAGCCGACCAGCUCCACAAGAUCUUCGACGUGCUCGGCGUGCCAGGCGAGAGGGCGUCGGGGCCCGCCUUCAACUCGCCGGUCCUCGGAGAGGAGGUGCAGCUAUGGCGAGCGCGGCAACGGUCCGCUGCUGGGCCCAAGAACCGGCUGCGCAAGCUGUUCCCCAAGGCGCUGCUAUCCAAGGAAGGGUUCGAGGUCCUCCGGGGCCUCCUCACGUGCAAUCCCCUCAGGCGGCUGGAUGCCGCCGCCGCGCUCCGACUCCCGUGGUUCGUUGACACCGGUGUAAUGCCGGUCACCGCUGUCCCGACCCCGAGGCCCGGCGGCUGAAGCGGGCUGCCGCUGUGGUCGUUCAAAGCGUUUGGCGUCGGCCCGUCGCUUUGGAGAGAGAAUUAGAGACGGCCUGCUCCACAUCGGGCAAGGUUAUUCACCGUGUAAAUCCAGAAGUGCGCCAAGCAUUGCUCUCGUUUUAUCUUGCGUAAGAGGAGAUGGUAACGUGACAUCGGCUGCAUUCAUGACUCCGUGGUUGACCGAGGUCUUCGUGACAUCUACAUGCAUCCAUGACGACUCACAGGUGUAUUCUUCCUAGCCAUCAGUCAACUGGUUUUUUUCUUAAAAAUCAGUCUAGCGUUCAAUUUUUUGUUGUUGUUUUGUAAAUACACUGGCAUCUUAGAUUGACAGUGUCUUGCUUCGAUCGGACAUAUACAAGUGAACCCAGCUUUUGUUGUUUGCUGUGUAGUAUUUCACAUUACGCUUUUGUCUUUGUCUUUCAGGGUGGGCUUUCAGAGUGAGUUUUGUUGUUGUUUCUCUGUACCUUUUUGGCAGUC